CACCAUUCAAGAGAAAUGGCUGCUUUCUUUAUUACAAUAUAUUAGCAACAAAGCUACAGCAAGUAAUGUUUUCAAAGGGUAGAACUGUGCUUUUGAGACCAGUAGUGGCACAGUUUAGUGGUGUAAAGUAAUAUAAACGUAAAUGUUGCGUCGCAAUUUCUGUGAGUUUUGCUGUGAGCCACCUGUAUGCCGGCUAGCGAGUAGCUGCAAAGCCGAGACGUCGCUCAGCCUGUCUUCCAGCCCUGCUACGGUCUGUUAAUGGUACACCGGAUCUCGAAACAGAUCCGAACCGCGUGCUUUGUUUUAGCCGAAGUUAGUAAAUCAGGUAACCCCGGGCCUAAAUGCCAGAACAAGGCCCCAGGAUGAAUGGGUUUUCUAUCGGUGAGCUGUGCUGGCUGUUCUGCUGUCCACCCUGUCCGAGUCGCAUCGCGGCCAAACUAGCUUUCCUUCCACCGGAGCCCACGUAUUCCAUGCACACCGACGCUAACGGGGUGACUAGCUUACAUUUAACCGAACGGGCAGACUGGCAGUACUCCCAGCGAGAGCUCGAUGCAGUGGAAGUGUUCACCACUAGAAGCAGCCGGGGUAACCGGGUAGCAUGCAUGUUUGUGCGCUGCGCUCCGAACAGUCGCUACACGCUGCUGUUUUCCCACGGUAACGCUGUGGACCUGGGGCAGAUGUGUAGUUUUUACAUCGGCCUGGGCUCCAGGAUAAACUGCAACGUGUUCUCCUACGACUAUUCAGGCUACGGAGUCAGCACCGGCAAGCCUUCAGAGAAGAACCUGUAUGCGGACAUCGAGGCGGCCUGGCAGACGCUGAGGAACAAGUAUGGUGUAACUCCUGAGAAUAUCAUCUUGUAUGGUCAGAGCAUCGGCACGGUGCCCACCAUUGAUCUGGCUGCUCGCUAUGAAUGUGCUGCCGUCAUCCUGCACUCACCACUAAUGUCGGGCUUACGGGUGGCCUUCCCUGACACACGCAAGACUUACUGCUUUGAUGCCUUCCCCAGUAUCGACAAGGUGUCCAAGGUGGCGUCCCCGGUGCUUGUAAUUCAUGGCACAGAGGACGAGGUCAUUGACUUCUCCCAUGGCUUGGCGAUGUAUGAGCGCUGUCCCCGUGCGGUUGAGCCUCUUUGGGUGGAGGGAGCUGGCCACAAUGACAUUGAGCUAUAUGCUCAGUACCUGGAGAGGCUCAAACAGUUCAUCUCUUUCGAGCUUUCCACUUCUUGAGGACCUUGGAAUUCGGGCCCGGGUUCAUUUCAAGACACUCAAGAAUUAUCCUCAUCAUUUCCUCUGGAGGGACACAACAGGAGUAAAAUGAUGACACCAUCAAUGUGCCCAAAUAUGGAGUUCUUCAAGACCUGGCUGGUGCUCCUACGAGACACAACAACCUGCUUUGCUAAUGAGCCCGGGCCUUGACAGUGUUUCUAACUGCUGCUCAGUCUUGAUUCAUUAUCCACUCCAAAUAUUUGCUUCCUUCCCACUCUCUACUUAAUCUAUCUCCCCUAUCUUUUGUAUGUCAGUCUUUCACCGUGAGCUUUUGUUGCUCACACUUUCAUAUCCUGCAUUCUGUUUGGUCCACGAUUCCCCUUUUUUUCUUUUGACUGAGUAUUUGCAAUGUUGAGUUUUGUAUUCUUUUAUACAAGGUAAAGAAGUAUCAGUUUUGCACCUCAAGAUACUGUGGAUGAAGAUUUUCCUUUUUCCUUUCUUUAACUUUACAUUACCAUUCAGGGUUGAUUACAGGGUUGCACUGUAAUGUUGCAUUUUGUUAGCUGACCAUUCCAUUAUGUUUUUGUUUUUAUUUGAAGUAAAACUGUGAUAUUUUUUUUUCUCUCAUAUUUUUUUUGCUGGCCAGACUGCAUCCCAGCUUGUUUAGGCUCUGUACUCUCUGUAGUGUUGAUGCACGCUGCUCUCUCAUGUAGGGAGAUGAUAAUGGCAAACUUCAACUGGCACAUUCCACAUCUACAGCAGUUUGCUCCUUUAGAUGUUGUACAAAUUUCAAGCAGAGAGGUUUGAACCAUAACUGCUGGAAAUGCAUUGUGGUGAGAGGAUCAUGUACACCAGCUGGCCUCACCAGUUAAUCAUUGAUCAUCUCAUCACAAUGCAGUGUUUUACUGGGAAACCUUUGGUCCUGCAAUACAUAUUUUACCUUGAGACAUGGCACAGCUCACCAUGGCAGUGGCACUCCUCGAUCACUACAGCCUCUGGUCACAGCUGUUGUGCAGGUGUUCGUGUGUGUGUGUGUGUGUGUGUGUGUGUGUCAUUUGUAAAAUGGAAGUGGUUAUAAUGACUUGGUCACUCACAGACAGCUGGUCUCAGUGGAUAUUACAUAAGGAUUGUGGGCAGCAAAUUAAAGAUGUGGCAUCAUUUUCUUAGGCUCUUUGAUAACUCAUAGAAGGUUGCAGGCAAACAUGGCUUACUCUUUGAAAUCCGUUUGUAGCCUAACCAUAGCAUUUAGCCUCAACCGUAAACAUCAAUAGUCUUCCUGCUGUUUGUUGCAACACAUUCAACAUUUGCUAAUGUCUUAGUAUGUGUGUGCACUGUGCACUUAUAAAAUUCACAUUUGUAACCUUUGUAAUGACAGUUGUUUCCCUGUAAUUUUACACACUCCUAAUAUUACUUGUGACAUUCUAUGUUUCUCAGGAAACUGUUUCAAAAAAGACUCAAAAGAUCAUUCAAAGUCCAGAAUAUAUAACACUUAGGUCACUAAUGGUUUGAUGUAAAAAAACAACUCAUUGACUAGGAAAAUGUUUGGUCAGGAACAUCCCUAAUGAUAACCGUUUAAGCACAGUCAAAUCAUCUAGCCCAGCGGUCCCCAACCUUUUUUGCGCCACGGACCGGUUUAUGCCCGACAAUAUUUUCACAGACCGGCCUUUAAGGUGUCGCGGAUAAAUACAACAAAAAUAAAACUAGUACCGGUACCGAAAAAAAGAAGAUUUAUUCAUAACACACGUGAAAAGACCCAGGAAAACCGAGUUAACGAUAAAAACGAUAACAAAAUAACGCUGAAAACCGAUAAAAACCCUGAAAACCAUACAUUUCACACCUGAGCCUCAACUCUCACGGCCCAGUACCAAACGACUCACGGACCAGUACCGGUCCGAGGCCCGGGGGUUGGGGACCGCUGAUCUAGCCGUCCAGCGGAGAAGAUUCAGUGCAAGCCAACAGGACAGUGCCAUUUUGCUUCUCACACCACACAGGAAACGCACACAUCUAUUUUGGCCCAAACAGUCCUACUUGCCAGAUUUGGCCUGGAACAUGAAAGUCAAAUGGUCAGAGUAAGACUAUCAGGGAGCAAUCCAAGUACUAGGAGCUCCAGGAGGUUUGCUGCACAAAGAAAAGAGAACUGUCAGAAAUUUUGAUUGCACCUGGUACAUAUCGAAAAUUCUCAUUGUCGUCUCAUAUGCAGCACUCUCACACCAUGUGUGCACCUUGGCCUUUAAGCAACACAAAAGGGAAACAUCCCAAAUAAGAAAACCUACCUCUGUGGAAGAGAGAGCAGCGGGUAUCAGAGCUGUGUUAACUGUCUAUUGGCUGGUAAGACAUCUGAUUCACAUGAAAACAAGUCUUGCAGGCUGCCAGGCAGCAUAGAGUGGGUUUGCUUGCCGUCUGAAGACACUGAAUUCUGAUGUGUUUAGGUUGUUCAAAGUGAACAUACAUUUACUGGUUUGGGGGUUGGGCUUAAUUAUCUGUAAUUCCUCACUAAGAACAAAGCCUUAUGUUUGUAUUUCAGUCAGACAUUCCUGUGAACUGCAAGAAGCUUGUGGUCUUCAGGGGGACUGACUGCUGCUAUUUAUCGCAGGAAUCAAUCACUGUGAAAGCCAGACAGUUUGGGGAAUACUGAAAUGAGAGCAAGGUACAAAAAUCAACUUCAGCCUGACUAGUAAUCCUCUGACUCGUGUUCCUGCCUGUAGAAUGAUAGAAAUCGGCCUACAAAGCAGGUGUCUGCUGAACCCUUUGAUAAUUUUAACUUUCAAAGACAUGACAAAACCACAAAGGGGAAAUGGAAUGCUGUGAAAAUGACCGACGCAUGCAAAUGAUCACUCCUGGUUUUGGAUGUUGCAUCAGUUGUAUUUGAAUAAUUUAUUUUUUGUUGCCUGCAAGUGGACAAAAAAAUGAAGCUAUAUGACACUAAGAUCAGAUUUAAACAAAACAACAACAAAAAAAACUAACACUUUGAAGUAAAUACUGAAUCUUUUCAGGAUUGUGUUUGGGGAAUAUUUGCAUAGCAACUUGUAAUGAUGAUUUGGUGCACUGCUGUAAUUUGUCAGUUGGGUAUUCGUGUUUUCUGAUCAUAGCUAAUGUUGGACUUUUGAGUAAAAAGUCCUCAAUCAUCUCCAGUAUAUUUCCUUUAGUUUCUCUUCUAAAAGGAAAUGAAGAUCCUCUUAGGACCCGAUUCUUCUUUUGAUACUGACAUUUUUACACAUUUGUCCAAUCUAAAUGUUGAAAGAUUUACACCGUUUCUGAAAAUGGUUUGUACAAUAAUCCUCUGUAAUGGUAUACUCAGUACAUAUUAGGCCUUUCAUAAGGCUGGCUAGUUUUUAUUGAUUUUAAUAUGCAAAUGAAAGACAGCUAGUAGAAUCGUAUAUUGAUCAUGGUGUGUAAAACAAUGAAAUAAGCCUUAAAUAUGCUGUGAAAUGGAUACAUCAUACAUGUAGUGGUUGCAAGAAGCAGCGCAAUGGAUGUUUCAUUGGUUAUAGUGGAAUAAAGGACAUGUGGAAUUGUA